ACGUCGCAACAUACUGCCCAAACCGAAUCUAAAUAAAAAUCAAUAUCUAGCGUUAAAAAACCUUCGCGACAGGCCUGAAUUAACAAUUCUACGUGCAGAUAAAGGUAAUGCUACGGUGGUGAUGGAUACGUCAGAUUACAAUGAUAAAAUACAAGACCUUUUAUCGGAUGUAAGUACAUAUAAACAAGUGAAGACCGACCCCACAACAAAAACAUUGAAAUCAACUAGUGAUUUGAUAAAAAAGUACUCCGAAACAUUGAAUCUAGACGUAAAAUACCUAGUUCCUAGCUGCGCAAAACCACCAAAGCUGUAUGGGCUACCGAAGAUACACAAACCUAAUGCUCCACUACGACCAAUAGUCAGCCAAAUCGACUCACCAACCUACAGAUUGGCUCAACAUCUGGCUAAAGUACUUUCACCAUUGAGAGGAAACACAGCAGCAUAUGUAAAGGACUCGUACCAUUUUGUCAGUGAAAUAAAACAUCUACAACUAGCUGACAAUGAAACUAUGGUCAGUUUUGAUGUUCAGUCAUUGUUUACAUGCUUACCCGUUGAAGACUGCAUCAAGAUUGUGUCUAAGAAACUAGCAGAGAAUAACAUGCCUACUGAAUAUGCUGAACUGUUAAAACAUUGCCUAACAUCUGGCUAUUUACUGUGGAAUAAUCACUUCUACACGCAAGUGGAUGGUGUAGCAAUGGGCUCCCCAGUAUCUCCCAUUGUUGCUGAUAUCUUCAUGGAGGAUUUUGAGGAGCGAGCCCUGCAAUCUGCACCCGUAACACCCAAAUUCUACAAGCGGUACGUAGAUGAUACUUUCACAAUACUACCAUCUGACAAAGUCACAGCAUUAAAUCAUCUUAACUCCAUAAACCCCAAAAUUCAAUUCACUAUGGAGUCAGAGGCAAACAACUCCUUAGCUUUCUUAGAUGUUUUGGUUAUCCGUAACCCUAAUAACACCUUGAGUCACACUGUGUAUCGGAAGAAAACCCAUACAGACAAAUACCUUCAUGGUGAGUCCCACCACCACCCAACACAGUUAUCUACCGUUGGUAAAUCAUUGUUUCAGAGAGCACGUGGGAUCUGCGAUGAACAACACCUGGGUGCUGAGCUUCAACAUGUUAAGCAAGUACUGCACGACAACAAGCUCCGAGUACCGUGCCCUCGUCGCAGAACCCGCGUGAAACCAGCCACAGUUGAGCGUCUACCUGCUGUUCUUCCAUACAUAAGAGGAGUCACAGACAAGAUUGGCUACAUCUUGAAGCGAGCUUCAAUCAAAACCUACUUCAAGCCGCUGAAGAAGAUUAGUCAAUUCUUACCACCUGUCAAGUGUCACAUACCUCUACAAGAUGCGGGUGUAUACAAGCUUGAAUGUGAUUGUGGUCUCUCUUACAUAGGCCAAACUAAAAGAAGCAUAGGGACCCGCGUAAAAGAACACAUCGCCGAUGUCAAACACCGCCGUUCCAGACAGUCAGCAGUUUGUGAACACACACUAGACAAGGCCCAGCAUUACAUCAGAUUUGAUAAACCACAAGUCCUUGCAAAAGAAAACCGAUUCCUACCUAGGAUGAUUCGCGAGGCUAUUGAAAUUAAAAAACAUCCAAAUUUCAAUAGAGAAGAUGGCUGGGUCAUACCACCUGCUUGGAAUCCCAUCAUAGAAACUAUUAAAUCAAAAUCCAAGCCUACAACUGCUCGACCUAAGGAUACAGUUAGCUCGUUUUGCGUGAAUCGGAUUGUCAAUAAUAAUUAACAAAAUGUAGGGUAGCUGUUUGUAACUAAUAUAUCAAGACGACCAACACCUUAGUCUGCCCGUGACCAUGGAUGCUGUAAAGGAUCCGAAACGUCGGGAUUAAAUAAUAUAAUAUAACCGCGAUAAAAUCCGUAAAA